UUUGGUUAUAUAUAUCAAUCACUAAAUAAUACAGUUUUAUCAGAAGUAUUGUAAUGAACUAUAAGUUUGUUUUUUUUUUUUUCUGAGAUGGAGUUUCACUCUUGUUUCCCAUUCUGGAGUCCGAUGGCACAAUCUUGGCUCACGACAGCCUCCACCUCCCGGAUAAAUGACAUGAUUUUUAAGACAAUUUUUUUGGUUGUUUUACUUUGGUACUGUAUGUUGUGGUCAGCAUUAUUCUUUUAUUUAUGGACAAUCACCUCUUUUAAUCAUCUCUCACUCAUCAGAGUUUCAUGUGUUGAUUUUCAGUACCUCAUUUUGCUUCCUAGUCAAGUCUUGUAAGAGAUUUCCUCUUUCAGGUGGCAGGGCUGUUUUCUUCACAUUUGAGUCUCUACAGUUGUUUGGAUCAGUAGUUUCCAAAGUUCACUAACUCCUGGCCAUACCUUAUUAUGUUAUGGGGUGCUGGUUAUCCAAGGGAAACACUUUUUUAAACAACAACAAAAACCCUUACCAGCAGUCCAAAGUAAUUUGUGUUCCUAAAAGUUGAAUAUGGAAAGUUAAUUUGCUUGUUUGAUGUGGUCGUUGAGAAAAAGACAUAAAAGCUUUGAUGAUGAUUAUGUGAGCAACCAAUAUAAAUACAGUUUAGUCGAAAGGAACACUAUUAAGGUAUUGUUUCCAGGCAGAAUUUCAGAAAUUUAAUUCAUCAAAUAGGAUUUUUUAAAAAGACAUCCAAAGGUUAUAAAAUUAUUCAGAAGUAUUUUAGGUCUGAAGCUAUAAUAGUUGACUUGAGCAAUUAACUCUUGAAAGGUGAAUGAUGAAUAUGUGGUUAAUUCUUACUUUUGUCCAUUUCUAGCUUACAAAACACUACACAGCAAAAUAAUGAUCUGCUAGACUGCUAACCCGAGCAUCCAGCUUCCACAAUGCCUGUGCAGGCAGCUCAAUGGACAGAAUUUCUGUCCUGUCCAAUCUGCUAUAAUGAAUUUGAUGAGAAUGUGCACAAACCCAUCAGUUUAGGUUGUUCACACACUGUUUGCAAGACCUGCUUGAAUAAACUUCAUCGAAAAGCUUGUCCUUUUGACCAGACUGCCAUCAACACAGAUAUUGAUGUACUUCCUGUCAACUUCGCACUUCUCCAGUUAGUUGGAGCCCAGGUACCAGAUCAUCAGUCAAUUAAGUUAAGUAAUCUAGGUGAGAAUAAACACUAUGAGGUUGCAAAGAAAUGCGUUGAGGAUUUGGCACUCUACUUAAAACCACUAAGUGGAGGUAAAGGUGUAGCUAGUUUGAACCAGAGUGCACUGAGCCGUCCAAUGCAAAGGAAACUGGUGACACUUGUAAACUGUCAACUGGUGGAGGAAGAAGGUCGUGUAAGAGCCAUGCGAGCAGCUCGUUCACUUGGAGAAAGAACUGUAACAGAACUGAUAUUACAGCACCAGAAUCCUCAGCAAUUGUCUGCCAAUCUAUGGGCCGCUGUCAGGGCUCGAGGAUGCCAGUUUUUAGGGCCAGCUAUGCAAGAAGAGGCCUUGAAGCUUGUGUUACUGGCAUUAGAAGAUGGUUCUGCCCUCUCAAGGAAAGUUCUGGUACUUUUUGUUGUGCAGAGACUAGAACCAAGAUUUCCUCAGGCAUCAAAAACAAGUAUUGGUCAUGUUGUGCAACUACUGUAUCGAGCUUCUUGUUUCAAGGUUACCAAAAGGGAUGAAGACUCUUCCCUAAUGCAGCUAAAGGAAGAAUUUCGGAGUUACGAAGCAUUACGCAGAGAACAUGAUGCCCAAAUUGUUCAUAUUGCUAUGGAAGCAGGACUCCGUAUUUCACCUGAACAAUGGUCCUCACUUUUAUAUGGUGAUUUGGCUCAUAAAUCACACAUGCAGUCUAUCAUUGAUAAGCUACAGUCUCCAGAGUCAUUUGCAAAGAGUGUCCAGGAAUUGACCAUUGUUUUGCAACGAACAGGUGACCCAGCUAACUUAAAUAGACUGAGGCCCCAUUUAGAACUUCUUGCAAACAUAGACCCUAAUCCAGAUGCUGUUUCACCAACAUGGGAGCAGUUAGAAAAUGCAAUGGUAGCUGUUAAAACAGUAGUUCAUGGCCUUGUGGACUUCAUACAAAAUUAUAGUAGAAAAGGCCAUGAGACACCUCAGCCUCAGCCAAACAGCAAAUACAAGACUAGCAUGUGUCGAGAUCUGCGACAGCAAGGGGGUUGUCCACGAGGAACAAAUUGUACAUUUGCCCAUUCUCAGGAAGAGCUUGAAAAGUAUCGAUUAAGGAACAAAAAGAUCAAUGCCACUGUAAGAACGUUUCCUCUUCUAAAUAAAGUUGGUGUAAACAACACUGUUACAACCACAGCCGGAAAUGUCAUUUCUGUCAUAGGAAGUACUGAAACAACAGGGAAAAUUGUUGCAAGUACAAAUGGAAUUUCAAAUGCAGAAAACAGUGUUUCCCAGCUAAUCUCACGUGGUACUGACAGUACCUUAAGAGCUCUGGAGACCGUGAAGAAAGUGGGAAAGGUUGGCACUAAUGGUCAGAAUGCUGCUGGGCCCUCUGCAGAUUCUGUAACUGAAAAUAAAAUUGGUUCUCCACCCAAGACUCCUGUAAGUAAUGUAGCAGCUACCUCAGCUGGGCCCUCUAAUGUUGGAACAGAGCUGAAUUCUGUGCCUCAAAAAUCCAGCCCAUUUCUAACUAGAGUACCAGUAUAUCCUCCGCAUUCUGAAAACGUUCAGUAUUUUCAAGAUCCAAGGACUCAGAUACCCUUUGAAGUCCCACAGUACCCACAGACAGGGUACUAUCCACCACCUCCAACGGUACCAGCUGGUGUGGCUCCCUGUGUUCCUCGCUUUGUGAGGUCCAAUAAUGUUCCAGAGUCCUCCCUCCCACCUGCUUCCAUGCCAUAUGCCGAUCAUUACAGUACAUUUUCCCCUCGAGAUCGAAUGAAUUCUUCUCCUUACCAACCUCCUCCUCCGCAGCCGUAUGGACCAGUUCCUCCAGUACCUUCUGGAAUGUACGCUCCUGUGUACGACAGCAGGCGCAUCUGGCGCCCACCUAUGUACCAACGAGAUGACAUUAUUAGAAGCAAUUCUUUACCUCCAAUGGAUGUGAUGCACUCAUCUGUCUAUCAGACAUCUUUGCGGGAAAGAUAUAACUCAUUAGAUGGGUAUUACUCGGUGGCUUGUCAGCCACCAAGUGAGCCAAGGACAACUGUGCCUUUACCAAGGGAACCUUGUGGUCAUUUGAAGACCAGUUGCGAGGAGCAGAUAAGAAGAAAGCCAGAUCAGUGGGCACAGUACCACACUCAGAAAGCACCUCUUGUCUCUUCAACUCUUCCUGUGGCAACACAGUCACCAACACCACCUUCUCCUCUAUUCAGUGUAGACUUUCGUGCGGAUUUCUCAGAGAGUGUGAGUGGUACAAAAUUUGAAGAAGAACAUCUUUCCCAUUAUUCUCCGUGGUCUUGUGGCACCAUAGGCUCCUGUAUAAAUGCCAUCGAUUCAGAGCCCAAAGAUGUAAUUGCUAAUUCAAAUGCUGUGUUAAUGGACCUGGACAGUGGCGAUGUUAAGAGAAGAGUACAUCUAUUUGAAACUCAGAGAAGGACAAAAGAAGAAGAUCCAAUAAUUCCCUUUAGUGAUGGACCCAUCAUCUCAAAAUGGGGUGCAAUUUCCAGAUCUUCCCGUACAGGAUACCAUACCACAGAUCCCGUCCAGGCCACUGCUUCCCAAGGAAGUGCAACUAAGCCCAUCAGUGUAUCAGAUUAUGUCCCUUAUGUCAAUGCUGUUGAUUCAAGGUGGAGUUCAUAUGGCAACGAGGCCACAUCAUCAGCACAUUAUAUUGAAAGGGACAGAUUCAUUGUUACUGAUUUGUCUGGUCAUAGAAAGCAUUCCAGUACUGGGGACCUUUUGAGCCUUGAACUUCAGCAGGCCAAGAGCAACUCAUUACUUCUUCAGAGAGAGGCCAAUGCUUUGGCCAUGCAACAGAAGUGGAAUUCCCUGGAUGAAGGCCGUCACCUUACCUUAAAUCUUUUAAGCAAGGAAAUUGAACUGAGAAAUGGAGAGUUACAGAGUGAUUAUACAGAAGAUGCAACAGAUACUAAACCUGAUAGGGAUAUCGAGUUAGAGCUUUCAGCACUUGAUACUGAUGAACCUGAUGGUCAAAGUGAACCAAUUGAAGAGAUCCUGGACAUACAGCUUGGCAUCAGUUCUCAAAAUGAUCAGUUGCUAAAUGGAACAGCAGUGGAAAAUGGGCAUCCAGUGCAGCAGCACCAAAAGGAGCCACCAAAGCAGAAGAAACAGAGUUUAGGUGAAGACCAUGUGAUUCUGGAGGAGCAAAAAACAAUUCUGCCAGUAACUUCUUGCUUUAGCCAGCCACUCGCAGUGUCUAUUAGCAAUGCAAGUUGCCUCCCCAUCACCACAUCUGUCAGUGUUGGCAACCUCAUUCUGAAAACUCAUGUCAUAUCUGAAGAUAAAAACGACUUUUUAAAACCUGUUGCAAAUGGGAAGAUGGUUAACAGCUGAAAGGAGGUUCAUCUUUCAAAUUUGUGACCACACCAUGGAAGCAUUUACACUAGCUUUUUAUAUAUAUAAUAUAUAUUAUAUAAUGUAUAUUUUUUUUAAAAAAAGAUAUUACUGGGGGCAUCCAUUUCCUGUGGACUCUUUGAUACUUCAAGCCCUCUUGCAUUAGCAUUAUGAAAAAAAAAAAAUUUACUUUACUAGGAUAACAUGUUCACUUUCCAGAAGUGAUUGGAAUUUGGACAACAUUUAACUUAAGCUUCAAGCAGCUUUUUAUGAGUUUGUAGCAAUCCGGUGCAGUAACUGAGCCAUUUCCUAUUUUAAAUGGCUUCUAUAGAAAAUUAACAACUCAGUUAUUAAACUAGCAGGAUCCUACAAUGAUACAUCUAGUGAAAGUAGACUUAGUUAACUUAUUUAUUUCUAUUUUAUGUUUCACUGAGAGAAGUUUCCAUCUCAUUCCAGCUGCUUUAUUUAUCUUUUUCAUGGAACUUUGCAUGGAUUUCUUUUUCUUUUUUUAAUUUUGAAGAGUGGAGUUAGAUGUUCUUACCAUAGAAUUUUACAGGGUUAUAUACUAGCUUUCUUUACUGCAUUAUAUGUAGGAGUGUGGUGCAGUGCUUUUAUCUGUAGCAUUUAAUUUUUUUUUAAUUUUCCAUUUUUCAAGAAUAAUUUCUGCUUUGUUAAUAUUUAUACACAGGCUACUUGUUGAAGUAAUUAAUUAAAAAUAUAACCAAGUGCCUAAGUCUUUCAGCUGAUGUACUAGAUAUUAAAUUCUCCUAAGUUAUGCAGAAUCGUUUUUACAAUUUUGAUAAAUUAUGCACUAAUGUAAUGGCAGUUUUUUAAAAUGCAGAUUUAAGCCUGUACAUUAUUGAAUCUGAUGACUUGGCAAAAGAAUCAGGUGCUUUCAGCUGUCUUGAGAAAACCCUGUAUGUAGCGUUUGCACUGACUAACAAGAUGGUAUUGCUGGGUUUUUAAUUUAAACUAAUUACUUUGGAUGUUCAUUGCAUUAUCUUGGUUAAAUAUUGUUUAUGUUACUUCAUGUUGGGGUUUAGUUUUUCUUGUUUUUUUGACUGUUAGGUUGAUAAGACUAUGAACCAUGUAAUAGUAGAACAUUGGCUAACAUUUAUUCAUACUUAAAAACAUGAAUAAUUUCUGCCUUGCUAAAAUGUGACUGAAAUGGUUUUGACUUGGUAUCUGAAAUUAUACAGUAUGUUCAACCAGUCAUGCCUCAGAUUUGUGAGAGGUAUUGUAUUGAAACCUAAAUUUCAGUCAACAUUUGAAAAGUAAAGCUGGGCAUUCCUUCCUGGUGAUCUUACCUAUAGUUUAUCUUUCUGUUUUUUGGGUAUUUUUUCUGUUUCUUUAAGAUUAGUUUGACUUUUAUUAUUUUUUUAAUUAACUUCUGUGAAGUUGUUUACUCUGAAAAUUGUACUGGAAUAUUUUAAGCCAAGCUGAUCUUUCACCAGGUGUACUGUAUGUAAGGGCUUUUCCUGCUAGCAAGAUGCUUAAACAGGAUCAUGUUAUUGGUCGUCUGAGCUAUUUAGUUGUUUUACAAAACCACAGCAUUGUAUCAGAUAAGAUUUUGAUAAAAAGUUUUGUGCACAUUUCCAGGGGCGGGAGGGUUGACAUUUCCCUGAAAUUUCUUGAUUAGAAUGAGUAAAUACUGGUGUUUGAUACCUGUCUUAAUGAACAUGCUCAUAAGGUGACUGAUAAGUUGUAAAUAUACCUGAGAAACAAAGGGGUAGUUUUGAUAUUCUGGUGUCAGUAUGGAAGAUCUUACACAUUUAUUUAAUACUCAAAUGUAUGAAGAUGUUUGUUUGUAGCAUAACAACAGCACAGUAGCCUUGAUUUAGUUUCCUUUGGUUAGUACUGUACCUUUUUGCCACGGCCAGUGCUCCCUAUCCCUACAAAGACAUUUUAUUUAUUUCACUCUGUAACCUGAAAUGAAUAGGAACAAGAGUUUUAAACCAUGUUACAUUAACUUAUUUCUGACAUUAUAAAUUAGCGUAGAAUAUUACAGGAACAUGAUUGUUAUAUAAUUUAUAUCAGAACCUUUCUAUAAAUAUGUGCUUAUUACAUUUGAAAUGCUUCCAAUGUACUUUAUUUGCUGUUUGUAAUUCCAAAAAGGAUAUGCAAACCAGUCUGUCUAUUUCAUGGAUAUUUAAUAGUGAGAUCUUCCAUGUUGAAGGUAAUGUAUUUUUUUUUAAGAUUUUAAAAUUGCUAUUUUGUUACAAAAUAGAGACCUAUUAACAGUUUGAGAGCUCCUUAUGUGCCCUCAGGGAAAGAACCCUCUGUGCAACAGAACUACACAAAACAUCUUCAGCACGUUCUGAGGGUGAAUAUAUACUACAUAAAUUGAUCUUGUGUAUUUAACCUUAUCUUUUUAAUUUUAAAAUUGAAAUUUUGAAACUUGGUUGUGCUCUGCUGGAGGGGGUUGGGAUAAACUGCUUAGAUGUUUGCCUACUUGUCCAGUGAAAUUACAUUUGCAUCAGUAUAUGUAUAUACCUGCCAACCUUAUUGGUAUGUCUCAGAACAUUUAUAUUAAAAUAAUGCUUGUCUUGCAGCAGGUGAGCCCAUAAAACAAUAACUCCCUGUUCUUAAAAACUUACUCUCUUUUUCACUAACAACAUGGGAAUUGUUUCUGUGUUGAAAUUAUUCUGUGUUGCAUCCAUUCUCUAUGUAGUGGUCACCUUCUGUCUGUCAUGGUGGGUUUAAUGUGAAGUAAAGCCGUUGGUUCUCUGCCACUUUCGAAGAAAGGGCAGUUCAUCUGACCCUUCUUCAGAAUGGUACCUGAUAUCAUCAAGGAAAACGUUACAAAUCAGACCUAGGAUAUGACUUCCUAAAAUUGAGGCAUUUCCUGUCAUUUGACCUUUUUACCAACAAGAUGUGAUGUACACGUUUGGAAUCAAAGGAUACAAAGCAACAAGAGAGGAAAUUUGUAAUGUGGGUAACCAAACUGUUUAUGUUACCUAUUGUCUAAUCAGAAAAAAUAGUCUGAGGUCUGGAAAGCAGGAAAGUGGUGGUUAUUUUCUUUCAUUUUUUGUUUUUUAAUUUCUAAGUUCCAUUCUGAAGUCCAUGUGCCCCAUUCAGUUACUGUGGGUGUAGCAUUAGUUUUUUUGUGGUUUCAUUUCAUUUUAUGAAUUCGGAGAAAUUUCCAUAUAUUUUUUUUCUAGUUGGUACCUGAACAAAGCAGAUUCCCUUGCCUUUGCUGCCAUGUCUUAUUUUCAAUGCCAUGUGGUAAACCAGUGUCAUACAUGAAAGUUGUGCAUUGUAAUUUUCAAAAAAAAGGGAGUUCAUUAGGCCAGUGACACUGAUUUUUCUUUCCCAUCAUAGCUAUUUAUUCUAGUAAAAGGAUAAUAAAAGAAACUUCCUAUACAAGAACUGAAAUUUUCCAUUUGUAUGGAUCUAGUCACUUUCAUUCUGAUUUCAAGUGAAGUAUAUAAAGCACAUCCCAAUUUUAUAUGCUACCUUGAGAAAAUUACAGGAUGCACUGCAAUUUAUAGGAAUUUCAAAUGGGAUCAUUAAAACAUUUAAAAAAUUAUUUUAAAAACCAUCUAGCUUGCUUUUGGAUUUUAGACAUUAAAGCCUAUGUUGUCUUGUUAACAGGGGUGGAAUUUAUAACAAUCAGAUUCAGCAUGUGAUUUCACCUUUGAAUCUGAGCAUUUCCUCCCUGUCUUCUUUGAGUCAUUUUCUGAGCAGACUGUCACCAGUAUUGAUAACUAAGCAUUAAUGGGUAAAGUUGCAUUGCAACUAUGCAUUGGUUUCCUGGAAGAACUUUUCUUUUGUUUUAGUGAACGAAGAGGCUUGAUGGGAUCACUUACUGUAACUCCUUCUACAUAAGGACCCCUUCUGCAAGCAGAACACGAAAGAACAUGCUCAAGGAGUAUCCCAUUUUCUGGAUAAUUUGAAUAAGUUUGCUAGUAAUGUCUUUAUACUAGCGGCUUCCUUGUAUCCUUUUGCUGGCAAGGGAAUACAAGGAGUCAAGGCCAUAGAUCAAAACACCCCACAUUUGAGUGGAGGCUUAUUUUUACUCCAAGAGCAAUUAUUCCCCUCGAGUCUAAAAUUGGCAGUUUUUUUGUUUUUUAAAUAAAAAAUUUAAAAUAGCCCCAAACCAGUGGAACACAGACACUGGCUGCACUUAGUACUGCCAAAAGCCAAGGUCAUUUGCACAUACUCCAUCAACCUGUCAAGAAUUAGGCCUCACUUUAUAACCCAAGGCAUGGAAGUGCAUGCAUUCUCUUAGCUGGGCAAACAAUUAUACUGUAGUUGUGAUACAACACAUGUGGCUUUUAUUUGUACUGCACAUAUCCACUGUACAGCCACUUGGGAGUAUCGUGGUUAGCUUGCAGCAACUGCUGUCUGCAUUUAUACUGUUUAUUGCAUAUUCUUUUCCCUGGAAGUGAAAGAGAAAUGUUUUUCUUGUUGCAUUGAUUACAUUUUAUAAAUUUGCUUAGCUGGAAAGUUUGGGAAAAGAGGCCUGUUUGUCAAUUGUACAACCGAUUGUGAAGCUCUAGUGUGAAUAUUUUUACGUCUGUAUUAGACAUUUUCUUUGCAAAUCUAUUGUUCGAUUGAAAUGUAAAUGAAAUUAAAGAUGGUGUACACCCAUCAUGUAAAAAGCAGGCACCAUCUCUAAGAUGGAUUUAAUGCUCAUUUUUAAGGCAUAUACUCAGCUUCUAUUUAAAACUAUAAUUUAAAAUAAUUCUGUACAAUGAAAUGGGAAAUAUAUAUGGGAAUAAAUUCUAUUCCAUUUAUUUCAAUUUGAAUUUCCAAAUUGUAAUGUUUCCCUUUGUGCUAUAGUAAUAGGAUUAAAUGGGGGAAGACUAGGAUUUAUAAGGCCUGUAUAUGGGGGGAGGGCAGAGAUGGAACAAUGAGGGUUGUGAUGAUAGUGAAUAGCAAAGAGUGAAUUCUGUGUGUUUUUGCUGUAGCACUGAAGUGAAGAGAUAUUAGCUUUGGCUGUUCACAAAAUAGAGCAUCAUGAUUUUCAGUGUUUGAGAGAAAAUUGAUGGAAAAAGUUUGCAGUACUUGACAUGUAUUUGCAUGCACAAAAUAAAAUUAUUUGUCCACCUUAAAAA